GCCGGCUGACCGGCGGAACACUCAGCCGGUCACAUGCGGUUCGUUCAGUUUUGUAACAAAUCGUGUGGCCUGCGUUCGUCCUUAUCCACUGACCUCCAUCGCUUUUUUAUCCACUCACCCAUCAGCUCCUCUGCCUUAUCCUUUCUUCUCUCAUCCCGUCGCAUGUGUCCUCAACCCCCACAGCAAUUCCUCCCCUGCGUACUCUCUCUCCCAUGGCCUACCUCCAAAUAAACAGCUCGCCGGCCGCGGAAUAGGUGCGUGGCGAGCUGGCGAUCACGGAGGAGCACACACGAAGAUGCAGAGGUGCGCGUCGUACGACGAUCAGCGAGCAGAGGUGCAGUGCUCGUCGUCUUGUAUGCCGGAACUAGAUGUGCGCCCUCUCCAUGGCCAUCGCAACCAGGGUUCGUUAGUCGCAUGGCCAAGCUGCAAUUGGCCACGGGGGCAACGAAUCUGUGCUGGAACCAGGUUUUUGUUUUGCUGGAUCCAUCCAUUUGUUUUGCUACAACCCCUUUCUCUUUUUUCUACCAUCCCCAUUCGAUUUCUAAUGAACAUUUGGAUUUUUGCUGGAACCGGGCCCGUUUUUGCUGGAACCAAUUGGUGGAUAUGCUGCAAGGUCGACACCACGCCGGAGGAAGCUGCAUCUAGUGGCAAGGAGGGUUGCGGCCAACGCCGUUCGAACGCCGGAAGUUGCAACCGUGUACGCUGGAGCUACAACCGGCGACUGGGGGAGCUGCAAGAGGGAUUUCUUUAGGUACGAUGCACGUCGACAAUGAGUCCAGCAGAGACGGCGACGCCGCGCUACGAUGGGCGGCAUGAGUUUUUGAUGUCCGAGCUGCAUCCGGCCAUCGACGGGAGCUGCAUGCAGCAGGAGGGUGCUGCUGGAUCGACUACGAGAUGUGGAGGGUGUGCGACAACGGCAACGGCGAGCUGCGGAGAGAGGUGGCGACCUGCAACCCAUGGCGACGGCGGCGGCCGCGGGGUGCGCGAGCUUUGUGCAGCAAGGCCGCGGGGGCGGGGGCGGCUGGCUGAGCGCGCUGACUCGUUGUAGAAGGAGGCAUGAUGUGCGGAAGGACAGGAAAUCGUGCGGCUACUUUUGCCUGAAUCCAACGGCUAGGCGACCGGCCGAAAGUUGGGCCGGUGCGCCGGCGCCUAGCAGUGGCCAUCAAACAUACACUUCAUCUUGGAUCCAAUUUUUUUGGGUCCUAGCAUAUAUCGGAUCCAGACAAGAGGCGAUCGGGAUCAAAAUCAAUACGACAAACAAGGAAGAAAUCGAUAUAAAGGCCCGAUGGCUCGUCCGUGUACGUGAUCGACCGAGCAAGCAAGCAAUUGAUCUGCAAGCAGCAGCAGCCGGGAGCCGGCCAUGGCGUCCACGCCUUUGAACAAGACGGCGUCCACGCACAGGUCGACGUUAGUCCGAGGCAAGCACCAGUUUCAUAUGGUCGGCUACAGCGAGCGGAAGGCUCUCGCCGGCGUGAGCGCCAGAAACACCUCCGUCGUCAGGUCCGGCGACUUCGAGGCCGGAGGAUGCACCUGGGCACUUCAGUUGUCGCUUCAGGAAACAAGGACUGGCGUCCAUCUCCCUGGAGCUGGUCAGCGGCAAGUACGCCGCCACCGCCAUGGCCAGCUUGAGGAUCGAAGACCCGCUUCACCGGUGGCCUGCCGCGGUAUGGCGAAGCCCGGACACCAACACCUUCCCGGCAACAACAAGUGAAAGGAGUAGUUGGAAGCUGUCGGUCCCCAAGCCGUUUUUCCAUUGCCAAGAGGAGCGGUACGUGGUAGAUGACCGCCUCACCAUCCUCUGCGUCGUCCAUGUCCUCCGGCUGGACGUCACCCUCCCAAAUACCAGGAGCUGCUUCAUCUCGGUCGUGCCGCCGCCAACCAUCUCCGGAGAUCUCCUCAUGCUUCUUUUUGCGUCGAUGUCUAAAUCAGAUUCCGUGAAGCACGCCAUGAGGCCAGACGUGACGUUCAUCGUGGGGCAGACCAAGAUCCGGGCGCAUAAGCUUGUCCUUGCCGUGCGGUCGCCGGUUUUCGCGGCGGAGUUUCGAUGGCACAUGAAUGAGAGUAUCAUAAUCAGGGUCGACGACGACGACAUGAGCGCCUCCACUUUCAGGGCCAUGCUCCGCUUCAUCUACACCGAUGAGCUUCCCAUCAAACCAAACAACGACCGCAUGAUACUAACAAGCGAAGAUAAGCACGCGGCAAGGCUCUACGAGGCCAUGGUGCGCGACCUGCUGGUAGCCGCCGAUAGGUAUGACUUACAAAGGCUAAGGCUCUUGGGCGAGAAGGUACUAGCUGAGGGCAUGGAUGAUAAGUCUGUCAUACCUACACUGAUGGUGGUGCACGGUAGGUACAGUUGUCGGCAGCUCGAGGAUUUAUGCAUCGAGUACAUAGCGUCCCAUCCAAAUGUUUAUAGUGACCUGAAGGCAACCGAGGAGUAUAACGAAAUCAAGAAUAGUUGCUUCUCUUUCCUACUCGAGGUCACCGACAAAGUAGACAUGAUCGAUAUGGCUCCAAAGGCAAGCUCCAGCAAUCUCCAGUCCCACAAAAGAAAGCGAAAUGAUGGAGGUCAGGUGGUAGUCCACGGCUCACACAAGUUUACGAUCCCCUACUUUAGGGCCGUUCAGAGGAGCCUGCUUGCUGUUGGCAAAAAUACCAUUUGUUCUGGCAUUUUUCAGGUUGGCGGCUACAAUUGGCAGCUAUGUGUACGGUGGUUAUACCCAUCCAAUUCUUCGGAAUUUGUUGUGUAUCUCUGUGUGGUGAGUAGUUUUGAAACUUCCCAUGUCACUACGUCAAUUGGCUUCAAGAUAGAUGACCCUAGUGGCAUGUCCUUGCCGCCAAUAACAAUGGUAGAAGAAAUUUUUACCGAGGCAGAAUACUUCAGGCAUGCAAAGUUCACCCUCAUGAAAUCAACCAACUCCUCACAUGAUGACUCCCUCACUAUACACUGCCAUCUCAAUGUCACCAAGGAGGCUGCUUGCACUAGUUCUAGCACCAUCUCCGAUGGUGCCGGAGUCACGGUCGUUGUGCCUCCACCCUACAUCGGUUUGCACCUUGAGCAGUUGUUGCUUGGUGGGCAAAGGUCUGAUGUGAGGUUCCUGGUUGAGGAGUGUGACAUCCGUGCUCAUGGGCUCGUAAUCGCGGCUCGAUCACCAGUCCUAUACCAAGUGGUUGAAGCGGCGGCGGCCAAGGUGGACAAUCAUCACAUCGUACGGGUCGACGACAUGAAGGCAGCAGUCUUCAGGUCUGUUCUCCACUUCAUCUACACCGACAAGCUGCCCUCUAUAGAUAACCCAGUCCUUGCCGUUGAAGACAUGCUCGCGGCAGCCUGCCGAUUCGGUCUCGAGAGGUUGAAGAUUGCGUGCGAGAACUUUUUCGCUGACCACAUCUCGAAUAAGAAUGCAUUGUGCACGUUGAAACUGGCGCAACGUCACCACUGCUUGGAACUAGAAAAAUACUGUGUCAAGUUCAUCUCUACAUGACUAAACUGUAAUGAGAAAGAGCAGUUUGGGCUAAAGAAAAUAUGUAUGAUUUUUUUGGGUCAACUCAAUUGUUAUUAUAGAAGUGC